AUGAAGUUUCAACUGUUUGCUACAGGAUUGGUUGUAACUGCCUUGGGCCAAGCCCAGAAUUUCGGAAGGAAAUGUCCUUGAGCGACGUGCUAACCUCCAGGCCCUUCUUUCAGUGUGGCGUCCUCGAGGCUGCUGGCCUUGGCAACCGCGUGUCCAGAAACACCUCAACUCUUUAUGACGGUGCUCUGUCGACUUAUUGGUCCUUGGAUAACACUCGAAUUUCCCCUGCAUGCAUUUUCGUUCCUCAGUCCGCCGAGGAGGUCGCCACGGCCGUGAAGGUACUGGGCGUGUCCGGCGGUAACAACGACCAAAGCUCAAAGCUUUGCACCCAUUGCUGCAAAUUCGCUGUGCGUGGUGCUGGGCAUACGGCAAAUCCUGGAGCCAACAACAUCCAGGAUGGCGUAACAAUUGACUUUAGCGCCAUGAACACCAUCAUUUACCAUGCCGACAAAAACCUCACCUCAGUCCAGCCCGGUGCCCACUGGGGCUCUGUCUACGAGGAGCUUUCAAAAAUCAACCUGAUGGUUCUUGGUGGUCGGGCAUAUACUGUCGGCGUCGGCGGACUUCUCCUCAGCGGAGGCAACUCCUUCUACUCGACAACUCGUGGCUUUGCUUGUGACGGUGUUGCCGAGUUCGAGGUUGUUCUCGCUAAUGGCAGCAUCGUGAGUGCUAGUGCUAACGAAAACGCGGAUUUAUAUCGCGCUCUAAAGGGCGGAUCAAACAAUUUUGGUGUCGUGACACGUUUCGAUCUAAACACUUUCAAAGCGCCCGCCACGCUUUGGGGAGGCUCAGCUGCGUUCCCGUUCUCGGCAAGCCCAAAAGUCAUAUCGGCGAUGCAAAAUUUCGUUACCGUUCUCGGGAACGAGGGACGCAAAUCAGAUUCGGCGAUUGCUUUCUGGACUUACACCCAGGGCGAAACCCCCGCGGACCCGCUUAUAAGCAGCGCACUGCAUAACGUCGAUGGCACAGCAGAUGCUCCAGGACUUGCCGAGUUUCUAAACAUUCCAGGCAGCGUCACGUCGGCGUUGCGUACCGACACGCUUGCUGGGUUUACUAACGAGCUCGAGUUGCCGCAGGGUAACUACAACGCCUGGCGGACGUUAACAUUCAAAAACAAUCGCGAUGUUAUGGCCUACGCCGUUGAGACCUAUUUGAGCAUGGUGAAAGAACUCGAGGCAGAGCCGUCGCUCGGUUUCACGGCGCAAUGUGUAUUUCAAGGUUUAUCGGUGGAACAGUUCCGACAGGCCGCAGCAAGCGGCGGAAAUGUGCUCGGGCUCGAGGAUCGUAGCGAAAACCUCGUCUUGUUUCUCGGAAUGGUGGCAUACAAAAACCCAAAGCUCAAAAAGCUAGUCGACGCCAAAAUGACUACCUGGGUGGACAGCAUCAAAACUUUUGCGGUCGAGAAUGGAGCCGACGACGAGUUUCUCUUUCUCAAUUACGCCGACCUCAGCCAGAACCCUCUGGGCAGCUAUGGCGACAAAAACAUUGCGUUUAUGGAGGAGGUUGCUAGCAAAUACGACCCGAACGGAGUGUUUCAACAAAAUAUGCCGGGAGGAUUUAAGUUGUCAAAUGCUGGAACAACUGCGUGUUCAAAGUGA